AUGAUCCUCUCCACCACUGCCUUCCAAGAAGCUGAAUGGGCCAACAGUAGCUCAAAGAAGUAUUCUAGGCUUGCGCAGAGCGGCCGCUCACAUGUUCCUAUUCUGGUGUUUGCUGGUUGUGGAGAUGGCAGAGAUGGAGACACAGAGUGCCACAAUGGUGGCCGGCGGGCGAAGAAGCGACAGGCUGAUCAGCUGUCCUCCGCGGGUAAAGACAGAAGCACUGGGCACAUGGACACAGAAGAGGGCCGGCAGGCCAAGAGGCUUGUCUUUCCUCCCCUCGCUGGGGAUGGAUUCCUGAGUGGGAAAGAAGAAACACGGAAAUUUUCAGUCCCAGCUAAUAGAUAUACACUCUUAAAAGAAAACUGGAUGAAGAUAUUUACUCCUGUUGUAGAACAUUUGGGACUUCAGAUACGCUUUAACUUGAAAUCAAGAAAUGUAGAAAUCAGAACUUGUAAGGAAACCAAGGAUGUUAGUGCUCUGAUAAAAGCAGCUGAUUUUGUGAAGGCCUUUAUUCUUGGGUUUCAAGUGGAGGAUGCACUUGCCCUCAUCAGGCUGGAUGAUCUCUUUCUAGAGACUUUUGAAAUUACAGAUGUUAAGCCCCUCAAAGGAGACCAUUUGUCAAGGGCAAUAGGAAGAACCGCUGGCAAAGGAGGAAAAACCAAAUUCACCAUAGAGAACGUGACACGGACACGGGUAGUUUUGGCUGAUGUGAAAGUUCACAUCCUUGGAUUUUUCCAAAACAUCAAAAUAGCAAGAACUGGCAUUUGCAAUCUCAUCCUGGGAAAUCCUCCAUCAAAGGUUUAUGGAAAUAUUCAAGCUGUGGCUAGUAGAUCCGCAAAGCGAUUUUUAUUUCAUAUCAGAGACUUUUUAUCUUUCCCUAUGAUGUCACCCAAAUGUUUGGUGCCUUUUAAAGCUUCUGGCAGUGAGCUCAAGCGCCAGAGGAAGAUGCUUACCAUCAAAGCAAAGGUGGAACUUCUCCACAUGUUAAAAGAAGGCAAGAGCUAUGCAGCUAUAGGCUGA